CUGCCUAUUCACAUUGUUCUUUUAUGAGCUGCGAAACAGUGUAACCAUCUAGUAAGCCGUGUUUGCCAUAGUUUGGAAGAUUUGAAUCUCCCACAUAAUACAAUUUGAUAUUAUUUUGAGUUACUUAUUUAGGAAUGGCUAUUAAUUUCAACAACAUAUGCCGCCUUUGUUUGGUACAACAUGAUUUUUUAUUACCUCUGUUCGAUCAAGAUACAGCAACUCUUCCAGCGAGGAUUAUGACGCUGGCACCAAAUAUAAAGGUAUGUGCUGGUGAUGGUCUCCCAGCACAGGUGUGUCAACACUGUAUGCGUCAGAUAGAUACAUCAUAUAAUUUCAAGUUGCAGUGUGAAAAUUCUGAUUUAGCACUGCGGCAGUAUGUGAAUAAUAAGCAGUCCAUUAUGCAUUCAGAUCAGGAAACACUUGAAGAAAGUCCAAAUUUGUCAGGUGCAGAUGUCAGUGCUGAAGUGUCAGUAAAGGUAGAAGUCAAAGAAUUACCUGGUGAAAUAUGUACUGUGCAGCAUGCUGUGAAACGCUGUUUGAAACGCACUACUUUCAAACAAAGAAUUAUUGAUAAGAAACAAUCUUGUAAAAGCAUUACUAACCACUCGGUUACAGUUGCUCAAGGUUCGGUUUCUGAUAAUAGCCAACAGUUAAUUGAAGAAAGCCAAUUUUGUGAUGGAAUGGGUCACAAAGAACAAAUUAAAUGCCACAGUGCCAAGAAGAAAUAUAUUUGUCAGGACUGUGGAAAAAGCUUCCCACAGAAGAGUAACCUAAUAGCCCAUACAAGAACACACACUGGUGAAAAACCGUUUUCGUGUAUCAAAUGCGGGAAAUGCUUUGGGCGAAGAAGUACGUUACAGGAUCAUAUUAAAACCCAUACGGGAGAGAAACCAUAUCUGUGCGAAGAAUGUGGUAAACAUUUCGCCAGGAGUAGCCACCUCAAAGUUCACUUAAAAGUUCAUUCUGGAGAAAGGCCAUUCUUUUGUAAUGUAUGUGGAAAAAGUUUUGCUCAUGGAUGCCAUCUUAAAGAUCAUUUGAUUACACACUCUGGAGAUAAACCAUUUUGCUGCACAGAGUGUGGAAAGUGUUUCACAAGUAGUAGCAUUUUUAAAAGACACUUAAUGAGACAUUCGGGAGAAAAGCCAUUUGGCUGUAAUGAAUGUGGGAAACGUUUUAGUGGUAGUAGUGAUCUGUAUAUUCAUACUAGGACACACACUGGAGACAAGCGCUAUUGCUGCACAGAGUGUGGGAAAAGAUUUCUUCUAGGCUGUCACUUGAAGGAUCAUAUGAAGAUACAUUCAGGAGAAAAACCAUUUUCUUGUGUAGAAUGUGGAAAAUGUUUUGCACGUAAACAAGUUCUCAAUAAACACUGCAAAUCUCACCGUUCUUUAAGAGUACAGUUUUGUGGGUAUGUUUGUAAAAAGAUGUCACUAAAUUUUAGUUGCAUAUGUCGGCUUUGCAUGAAACAAAAUGGUCCAUUAAUGCGUAUUUUCAGCGAAGAGAAUGGAGGGCCAGUACCUACUAUCCCUGCAAAAAUAAAGAGCUUUGCUCCAACUCUUAAGCUGUAUGCUGGUGAUGGUCUGCCAGAUCAGAUCUGUCAGCAGUGUGCAUGCCAAGUAGAUACAACAUACAAAUUCAAACUUCAAUGUGAAAGUUCGGAUGCUACAUUACGGCAGUCCCUCAUCAAUCAGACAAUUCAGCAUUCAGCUCAUGAAAUAUUCUUUACUGUUUUGGAUGUGGGAUGUGGUAAUGACUCCAGGAAUAAUUCCACAAUAAAGCGUGAAGUAAAAGAAGAAAUAAUUACAGAUGAAAAUCACAUUCAAUCGGAGAACAAUCAAGAGCAAAGGGUAGGUAAUGAUGCAUUCAGAGGAAAUAAUGAUGACUCAUGGACAAACUUUCAAAUUGAACCAUCGUCCAGUAAACUGGUUGUGAAAAAUAAAGUUCCAAAAAAUAAUAAUUUUAGUCCAUCAAGAAGAAUAAUUGUAAAAAACCAUAAAAAGCAAGAUGUUUCCCGAACAUUUAAUGUGAAAGCUCAUAAAAUGGUAGAGAAAGGAUAUAAUUCCUUAGCUUCAGAAGCCAGUGUCAAAUCAGGAAGUGAGGAGGCAUUUUAUGCACUUGAACAGGAAACACUAUCUGCUGAGUGUGUUAAAGAUGGUGGUGAUGAUGAUGAUGAUGAUGAUGAUGAUGAUGAGGAUGUAGAUAAUGAAUUCAGUGUUAAAGUUCAAAUGAGAGUAAAGAAACCAUAUAUAAAAUUAUUUCAUUGUCAUGACUGUGGUAAAAACUUUGCAAAGAAAACACAAUUGGUCUUGCACAUGAGUGCACACACUGGUGCAAAACCAUAUAUAUGCAGUCAAUGUGGAAGGACUUUUGCAAGUAGAAUUAACUUGAAAAAACACCUGUUUACACAUACAGGAGAAAAACCAUAUCUUUGCACAAGAUGUGGUAUAAGUUUUGGUCGUAUAGACACAUUAACAAAACAUAUGAGAUCACAUACUGGUGAGAAACCUUUCCACUGUUCUGUAUGUGGAAAUAAUUUUGCACGUCGUAGUACCUUUACAAACCACAUGAGAACACAUUCUGGAGAGAAACCAUACUUGUGUACUGAGUGUGGUUGGCGAUGUGUACAGAGCUAUGAUUUGAAGAAGCACAUGAGGUGCCAUACAGGAGAAAAACCAUUUCGAUGUACAGUUUGUAGAAUGAGUUUUGGUCAAAGGAACAGUCUUACGAAACAUAUGAGGUGCCACAUAGGAGAAGUGCCUAUAACUCUGGAAUGUGAAAAAGAAAUGCACUACCAAUGUCAAAUUUAGUGUAUUUUGUUUCUGUAAAAAUGUAUUAAAAUAACUGAACAUAACAGCUAAGUGGUUAGCACUUCUGCUGCUUACUCAGGAUGUCCUGAGUUCAAAUCUAAGCCCAGAGACUGGCAAUCCUGGCUGAGGUUUUCCUGUCCCCAGGCAACUGAUGGGAAAGUAAGUUCCUUUGAAGAAGCCAUGACCACUUUCUCCCAUAUCCUUUCUAGUUCAUUAAUCAUGCUGUUAUUUAAUGCUCUGUAGACACUGUUCCUGAGCAUAAUACAAUAACCAUAAAUAAAUAGAAUAUGAAUGAUUAACAAGUUCAUGAGACAAUUUCUGAAAAAAGUUGGUAAUAAUUUUAAAAGAAUAAAGUAGGGUGAAAUAGAAUGGAACUAAAGAACUGAAAGCCCCUUUUAUUCCAACAGUCAUAUCUCAAAUAACUGUUAAUACAAUGAGCAACGAUCAGCAAAGCUAUUAGCCUAAGUGACUUUCAUAUUUAAAAUGCAUGAAAAUAUGCAAUAUAAUUCCUGAAAACAAUUUACCCAGGUAGGUAUCAGCAACUGUAUUCAUGUGUGCACUGAACAAUGUAUGACACAUUCUUAAGACUAAAGUAUUGUUCCAGGACAGUCUGCAAAAUAACAUAAGUUGUCAUGUUUGCUUUAUCCUAUGCUACACAUCACUCUAGGAUAAACAUAAUUUAGUCAGAUUCGGCAACUUCCUUAUAUAGAGUUACAAUACGUGUGUGUGCCUAUUGAAGUAUCCUACUCAGUGUGUCUGCAGUUGGGAAAACUUCUUUUCUGUCUUCCUGAGAUAAAUUUCUCAUACACAAGUUAUAGGAGCAGAUGACUUCAAAAGCUCGAGCAGAUUUUCUUUCAUUAAAUUUUUGUUUUCAUUACCAUUUACCGUAAGAAACUUUAUGUGGUCAAUUUUAAAUGGUUUUGACAUGGUGUGUUACACUCGGGAUUACUAACUAACCUCCUGGACUUGUCCAUUGUCAGGCACUAAAAGAACUCAACGUUUUGGAAACUGGAUCAGUUUCCAUCCUCAGGUGAAUAGGGAAGGGACACCUAUUCAGUUGGGUACAUUAGAAAGAGCUAACUUCAGUCGUGGGGUCAGCAGUGGCCGGGCGGUCUGAGGAGUGGGCCUUGUGCCGCUUGGUCGCUGGGACUGUGGGUUCGAAUCCCACUCAAGCCAUGGAUAUUUGUCCGCAUUUUCCUAAGUACCAAUCCGUAAUUCGCCCUGUUUAAAUAACUAUACAUUACAGUCAAAUAUACUCACAUGGAACUAAUGUUAUUUGCAAUUUCGUGUGACUGUAAAAACCUGUUUUUCACUCUACUGCAAAAACAGUUCGAUGGUGUUUGACAAAAAAGUGUUGAGAAAAUAUGUGGACAUCACGAAGAAGAAGUAACAAAAGCCCAAAAGAAAUUACAUACUAUGGACCAUUUUCAUCAAAAUUACGUUUGACCCCUAAAUUUCAAUAAUGACCUGAGACAAAUAGCGUUUUGAGGUUUUGGAUACCGGUAGUUGCCGAAAUGUGUUGCCCGUUAGGCGAUAAAUGUUAUUAUUUAACUGUGUAAAGCUGUUAUAGUUGCAAUAAAACUACUUUUUUGUGUGUGUGACAAACUAA